ACAUACUUCAUCACACCAUUGAACAGACGUUGCUUGAUGCUGGAUGCGGAAGUGGUACCGAUCAAGCUAGAUUGAUCGAUACCAACGUACAAUAUUGCUUGAAUUGGGUAGAGUAAACAUGUUUGGUCUGCGCUGCUAAUAAGUGCUGAACCAGUUUGCAAAUGAAGCGCGUCGAUGUAGCUUAGAGAACCUGCUUUGAAUGGGAAAACACAACCAUUCUCGAGCGACUAUCGGAGGACAUGUGACCCAGUACGGUUCCGUGGUUUGUGCUGUAGUUUAUACUGGAAAUACCCAACAAGUUUCAGUGGUGAUCGGAUUGUGAAUCGUAAACUAGGAGUUGAAGCUUUAAGAAUGAAGUUGCUAUAUUAUAUUGCCAUCGCGUCGGCUCUAUUGUAUUUUAAUAGUGCUAGUGAAGGGGUACGUUUGGCAGAGCAAAAAUGCAUCGAGUAUCGCCGAACGGAACAGUGCGCCGUAAAGCAACGUACGCUCGAUGGCAGUAGUGUCGAUCGACGGGAAUUUCCCUAUUACGUUGCUAUUGAAGAUCCCGCCAAAAGCACUAAAUACGAUUUCCUUUGCGGUGGUGCUCUUAUCUCCGAGCAGCACGUCUUGACAACAGCCUCGUGCAUUACGGAGGAGCUCGUUAAUUCCGUUCGUCUCGGGGCAGUACACGACCUACGGGAGACGAAUGGUGUACGCAAAAAUAUUGAAUCAUUCGUGCGCCAUCCACAAUAUACUAGAGCUCUAGCGUACCACGAUAUUGCACUAAUUCGAUUGGAUGAACCAGUUCAGUUUACGGACACAAUAAGGCCUAUCUGUCUGUCGGCUGGUCUCGCGACCAAGGGUGAGCUUAUCCUCCACGGCUACGGCAGAGAGAGCUACUUGGAUGAUUUAUCUCCGGAGAUGGCUAAACGAGUACAACCACCUGUAACCGCUCGAUCAGAUUGUGAUGAUGUAUUGUUACUGCACGCCAACCGCCGGCUAAGGAAUGGCUUGGCGAAAGAACAAUUUUGUAUCGAUUCCAGCGAUGAAACAGCUUGUGCAACGUCCGUGGCCGAUCUUCUGGUGAAGAAGGACGAUCACAAUGAGGGUUGCAGCUAUUUCUUGGAAGGUAUUGGCUCAGCAGGGUAUCCUUGCGGAGCGGAGAACUCCGUAGGCGUAUACACGAACGUGACCCAGUACCUGGAUUGGAUUGAGAGUAUCGUUUGGAGUGGAGCAUAGUUAUCAACCAAACAUUAUUCGCACACAUUGGAUCCAUUUUGUGUUAGUGCCCACUUUUAACAAACCAUCAAAGGUAUUUAAAGAUAAGUAAUAAAAGAAAUUGCAGAAUAAAAUUGGAAAAACAGCAACGAGCAAUUAAUGAUCGGGAAUGUUUCGCGUGGAAUGAAAUUUAUAUUCACUUGAUAUGGAAUAGCUGCUAACAAAGAUGCAUCCAAAACAGGUGCUAGAAAGUGACGGUUUAUCAUUUCCAGUACGAAUGGGUUGUGGGAAAAUCCACUUUGCGUGAUGAGAGGGAUUUCCACUGGGUGG